CCAAACGCCCUCCGAUGGCGGUGAAGCUCAAAAACAAUAAACUGAAUUCAGGAACUAGGGUUUUUGCAGAGGCGUAUAAAUCGUUGCUUUGCUUUACAAGAGCGGCUGAAAUCACUUGCGCGCUCGGAUCUUCGAUCUCUCGCUCUGCUCUUCUUCUCUGGUUGUUGUAAAGCAGGGCACUGAUGGCAUCAAGAUUGCAACAAUUGCAAUGUAAGGCUUCGGAAGUUUCACAAUAUGUGGUAAAGCAUGGAGUUCCAUAUUACAAGCAGAUGUUGGAAAAGAACAAGCAAUACAUUCAAGAGCCACCAACAGUUGAGAAAUGCAACCUGUUGGCCAAGCAAUUGUUUUACACUCGACUUGCUAGUAUUCCGGGUCGUAACGAGUCAUUCCGGAAGGAACUGGAUUAUGUCAAGCAUCUAUGGAAGAACAGGCAAGAGCUGAAGGUUGAGGAUGCAGGGAUUGCCGCCUUAUUUGGGCUGGAAUGCUUUGCAUGGUUUUGUGCUGGGGAGAUUGUUGGAAGGGGGUUUACGUUCACUGGUUACUAUCCAUGAGAAAAACCACUUAAAAGUGCAAGUGUUGUAUGGGGGUGCUUGAUGUCUCCACAGGCUUUCUUCCUGUCAACUUGAGGAUUGGUUAGUUCAGUAUUGGCAUUGUUCAUUUAAGAAUAUGUUCUUCUUCUGAUAAAAUUUUUGAAGCUGAGGAAUCAGUCGGUAAGGAGGGCAGCUGCCCUCAAUAAUCCCUGUAUUUGGUAAUGGAUGAACUUUUCACUCA